AGAAACAACUGGUCAUUUCUAAAUAAAGUUCCUUUCGGUUUGCACAGUUAGUGAGAACCAGAAAUAGAAAAAGAAAACCGAAAUCGAAAUUCAAAUUCCGCUCAAUUCUACUCGCUAACAACAGCAAUGUCAGCAUACGGAUGGAAAAGCUUCGAGGAGAACGAGGAUCGCCCCUCCAAGCCUCGCCGCUACGGCGUCACCGAGAUGCGAAGCCCUCAUUACACUCUCUUCAACCAUAAUGUUCUUCAGGAUAUUUUUGAAUCUAUGGGAGAGUAUGUUGAUGGUUUGAAAUUUUCUGGAGGUUCUGAUAGUUUGAUGCCGAAAGAUUUUAUCAAACAAGUCAUUGAUACGGCUCAUCAGCAUGAUGUGUAUGUUAGCACGGGAGAUUGGGCUGAACAUAUGAUUCAUAAAGGUCCAUCCGGAUUCAAAGACUAUGUAGAGGAAUGCAAGAAGUUGGGAUUUGAUACAAUUGAGUUGAAUGUGGGUUCUCUUGGGGUUCCGGAAGAAACUCUGUUAAGAUUUGUUCGCUUGGUCAAAACUGGUGGCAUGAAAGCUAAGCCUCAUUUUGAAGUUAAGUUUAAUGAGUCUCAAAUUCCUCGAGGUGGUGAUAGAGCGUAUGGGGCGUAUGUUCCUCCUCUGCAAUGUAGAUCAUUUGAGUUAGUAGAAGAUGUGGAUCUCUUGAUUAGGAGAGCUGAGAGGUGUCUAGAAGCGGGUGCUGACAUGAUAAUGAUUGAUGCUGAUGAUGUCUCCAAACAUGCUGGUAAUAUACGUGCGGAUGUUAUUGCAAAGAUCAUAGGCCGCCUUGGUCUUGAGAAGACUAUGUUUGAAGCAUCAAAUCAAAAUGCAUCCGAAUGGUUUAUCAAGCAAUAUGGGCCAAAGGUGAACCUUUUCAUCGACCACUCGCACUUGGUUGAUGUGGAGUGCAUCCGGGGACGCAACUUGGGUAGAAAUCAUGCUUCUGUUCUCAGUUCUUCAUAUUUCCUGUUCUAAAGUGAUGGAAAUUUGUAUAGUACCCUGUGGGAUUUACUUUUGGUUUAUGUAAAAAAGUCUUUGUGUUGUCUUUCCCAUUGGGUGUUCCGUAUAUUUCCUUCGUUAUGUGAAGUUGAGGACUUAAAUGAAGAUUGAAAAUAAAUGAAUCUAUUAUUUUUCAUGGAAA